AUGAUGCGCAAAGCCACUGGGGGCACAGGCCUGUCCCAUCACCUUCUCAAGCCGAGCCGCACGGCCCCCACGGACGAGCGAGAAGCAGAAGAAGCCCUUCUCCAUUUUGUGGCCUCUAGGAGGAACCUGCUGGUGAUUACGGGGGCCGGCAUCAGCACAGAGUCGGGCCUUCCUGACUACCGGGGUCCACAGGGCAGCUAUGCCAAGGGGCAUAAGCCCACCCUCUACCGCGAUUUUGUCACCUCCCCCUCCGUGCGGCAGAGGUACUGGGCGAGGAACAUGCUCGGGUGGGAGUCCUUCUCCCGCGUGCAGCCCAACCCCGCCCACUUGGCCCUGGCGCGCAUGCAGCGGGAAGGUGUGUUCCAGCACCUCAAUGUUGACCGCCUGCACCAGCGUGCCGGAAGCCAUGGCGUGGUCGAGCUUCACGGGCACAACUGGGCUGUGCGGUAUGACCCUUCUCACGUUGACGAAAAGGGUGGUGGCUGGUGGUGGCUGGUGGUGGCUGGCUGCGGUCAUGAGGAGGACAGAGCUCAUUUCCAGGCGCGCCUGCUUGCCGCCAAUCCAGACUGGCUUCCAGAGGCAAAGGCGGCCGCGUCUUCCCCCGUGGUGGCGGGUACUCCCGCCCCUGUUGCCCCCAGCAGCGUGCCUGUCUCUGCUGCCUUUUUCGCCUCGUCCUCGGUCUCGGCCGAAGAAGCCGGAGGCAUCCGGCCAGAUGGUGAUGCAAACGUGCCCUUCCACGACCACUCCCAGUUUUGCGUGCCCUCGUGCACCGCCUGCCACGUUGGCGUUGUGGUUGUUGUGGAAGAGGCCAUGAGCCACACCCUGUCCUCUGAUGGUGUUCUGGUCAUCGGCUCCUCGUUGAUGGUCUACUCUGCCUUUCGCUUUGUACGUGCUGCCGAUGCAACCCAUCUGCCAAUAGCCCUCCUGAACAUCGGACCCACUCGCGCUGAUGCACUUUCGUCAAUCCAUCUCAAGCUUGAACUCAAGGCUGGGCAUGUACUGCCCCAGCUGGCUUCAUCCUUACUCUCCUCAUCUGCUCUGUGA